ACAGUAUAGACAAUCUUUGGUGUGCCGUCGUCACCUGAUACCAUAGCAACCGGCAGGUGUUGGUGUCGAUACAAAGGAGCUGCUUCAGAGGCUGACCAGAUUGUGCGCCAAUCGGCUUAAACUGUUGUGAUGGGAACUCGGAUUCAGCAGCUUUCUCAGCCUAAGCAGAACCAUCUCAGAUAUCCGGACCGUCGCUCUGUUUACUGGCUAGAUAAAAUGCCACCGGAGAAGACAGAAUCCACCACCAAAAUUGAGUUGACUUCUCGUUGGUCUGACUUGACCAGAAGUAAAAGUUUCUACACUCAAGUCCCACUCUCUCCCAUAUGGGAGGUCAGCAAAUGGGCCCUGAGGGCCGUCCCAUCUGAACGAUUAUGUAAAUUGGCUCAACCUCGGCCCCCAGCAGCAGAGUGGCAGCCAAGCCGCCCUCUGCCAACACAUUUGAGUAGAGGGACACAGACAGCAGUUGCAUCUUCCCGGAUUUGCCAGCUCGCCCAGCCAAAAAGGCGACAGCUUCGAGCGGUAUCUAGCUGCAGAGCUGAACCUCGACCUAUGACCCAGUUGGUUUCAAGAACGUCGGCCCACAUAGAGCUACUAGCCACUCCAAAGCAUGACCACCCCAAGUAUGAGGGAGAGCGUCCAGUAUACUGGCCAGUUUCCAGAGCAGCCAGAAAUCACGUAGCCAGCCAGAGACUUUGUGAACUGUCCUCCCCCAAAAGGAGGAAAGCACUGUUUGAGGGGUACAACCCAUACGGUGUUAGCCGGGCAGCUCGCUCUGCUAACCCCUCUUCUCGGAUACAGGAGCUCUGUUUACCUCUUCCUCGAAAAUGUAGUUCAAGGGAAUGACUCCCAUGCUUUGAAGUCCCUAGAGAGGUGUUCAUUGUUCUCAGUUUCCUGGUUCUGUCUGUUGCCCAAGUUAUAAUCCUUGUGUUUAUAGUAGGUUGAUUGUUAGCUCAUCAAACAUUGUGAUGGUUAUACAAUUGUCUUAAUGCUUUAGAUAGUUACCUUAUGUGAAGAUUCUUAGUUGCUGGUGAAAUAUUUUCAUCUUUUCUACAAUUACAGGUAAAACACUUUUUA